CGUGUGGCUGGCUCCCGGCGGCGGCGCGGGUUCCAUGUCGUGGUUGUUCGGCCUGAACGGGCGGUCUCCCCCCGUGGCGGGGGACGGGGGCACGGGCGGGGCGGGCAUGGCUCUGCCGCCCUCCGUUGGCGGCCCCGCAGCGGGGGACGGAGCCGGGGACCGGCACACGCCCAAGGACAAAUGGAGCAACUUUGACCCCACCGGGCUGGAGCGGGCGGCCAAGGCGGCCCGGGAGCUGGAGGCCUCCCGCCAUGCAAAAGAUGCUCUUAAUCUUGCUCAGCUGCAGGAACAGACAUUGCAAAUGGAGCAGCAGUCCAAAAUUAAGGAAUAUGAGGCAGCCAUUGAACAGCUGAAGAAUGAACACGUCCGGGUACAAGGAGAUGAGAAAAGAAAGACACUAAGUGAAGAAACCAGACAGCAUCAAGCGAGGGCCCAGUAUCAGGACAACCUGGCAAGGCAGCGCUAUGAAGCGCAGCUGCGGCAGCAGCAACUCCUUAAUGAAGAGAACUUGAGGAAGCAGGAGGAAUCCGUGCAGAAGCAGGAAGCGAUGAAGCGAGCCACUGUGGAGCGGGAGAUGGAGUUGCGGCACAAGAAUGAGAUGCUGCGUAUCGAAGCAGAGGUGCGAGCCCGCGCAAAGGCUGAGCGUGAGAACGCAGACCUCAUUCGGGAGCAGAUCCGCCUGAAAGCUGCUGAGCAUCGCCAGACAGUGUUAGAUUCCCUCAAGACAGCGGGUACGUUGUUUGGAGAAGGAUUUCGUGCCUUUGUAACAGACUGGGAUAAAGUUACAGCCACGGUGGCAGGUCUGACCCUGCUGGCAGUGGGGAUUUACACGGCCAAGAACGCUACUGGGGUUGCAGGGCGGUACAUAGAAGCUCGUCUGGGCAAGCCCUCCCUGGUGAGAGAGACCUCGCGCAUUACUGUGCUGGAGGCACUCAAGCAUCCUAUCAAGAUUGGCAAGCGUCUUACCAGCAAGGCUCAAGAUGCUCUUGAAGGAGUUGUUCUCAGCCCCAAGCUGGAGGAGCGGGUGAGAGACAUUGCCAUAGCAACACGAAAUACAAGAAACAACAAAAGUUUGUACAGGAAUAUCCUUAUGUACGGCCCGCCUGGUACUGGGAAGACUCUCUUUGCCAAGAAAUUAGCCAUGCAUUCAGGCAUGGAUUAUGCCAUCAUGACAGGUGGCGAUGUCGCCCCCAUGGGGCGGGAAGGAGUUACUGCCAUGCACAAAGUCUUUGACUGGGCUAACACAAGUAAGAGAGGUCUCUUGCUGUUUGUAGAUGAAGCAGAUGCAUUCCUACGGAAGAGGGCAACAGAGAAAAUCAGUGAAGACCUAAGAGCGACAUUGAAUGCAUUUCUGCACAGGACGGGACAGCACAGCAACAAGUUUAUGCUUGUUUUAGCAAGCAACCAGCCCGAGCAGUUUGACUGGGCCAUCAACGACCGAAUCGAUGAAAUGGUGAACUUUGACCUACCACAGUUACAAGAGCGGGAGCGUCUUGUGAGGAUGUAUUUUGAUAAGCACGUCUUGAAGCCUGCCACAGAGGGGAAACAGCGUCUAAAGCUGGCCGAGUUUGACUACGGGAAAAAGUGUUCUGAGAUUGCCAAGUUGACAGAGGGCAUGUCUGGCCGAGAGAUCUCCCAACUCGCCGUGGCGUGGCAGGCUGCAGCCUAUGCAUCCGAGGACGGCGUCCUGACCGAGGCCAUGAUCGACGCCCGCGUUGCCGACGCGGUGCAGCAGCACAAGCAGAAGAUGGAGUGGCUGAAAGCGGAGGGCACAGACCCGAGCAAGGAGGCUGGCAAGAGCCAACGGCUGCCUCUCCCCGUGGAGCCGGCUGUUUGAGAAGCUGCAGACUGGUGUGCGGGGGGAGGGCGGUGGGGAAUGACGUCGGAGGGUCGGUUGGCCGGCCGUGUUGGUGGAAUCAUGUGCUGGAGAUGGGCGCCCAGUGGUGCCAGCCAUGCAGAGAUGGGAGCUGCCCAGGCCCUGCCCUCUUAAUUUUAUACUUUUAGGGAACACCAGAAAUAAAUGUCUUUUAAAGCAGGCUGAAGAAGCCGCCACAUUAAAGGAGCCCCCUUGCCACAAAGCCAUUGCCUCGCUGCUAGUCUGUGGCCUUUCUCCUGAGAGCACCGAAGUCAACCCCCUCUGUCUGCCAUUGGACCCCUUGUGAAAGCCAGCAGCCAGGCCGUGUGGGCACCCGGGAAUCGCCGUGCCCUCUGGCUGAGGCACACCCUGCUGGCUGACCCGAGGGGUGUUCCCCGGCAGUGUGGAUCCCUCAGCUCCGGCUCAUUCACGUCUUGCCCCUGGCAUCCCCGGUGCAAAUGCACCCCAGGCUCCCCAUCCCGCUGCCUGGGCUGUGGGUGGAGCUGGGAGGGGUCAGUGCAGGCUCCCAUUGGUGGCUAGGCCGUGUCUCCGGGAGGAAAGCUCCUGUGAGUGCUGCCGUUUGGCUGCAUGCCCUGCUGGGUGGUGGGGUGACGGAUGGGCCUAUGCUGGGGUUAUGGUGUUUGCAGGUAAAACAAAUCCCUUGUUGAGUGAUUCUCCCUUCCCUGGUGGAAAGCUGGGGCCUCCCUCCCUCACACUAAGCACGAAUAACCGAGGAAAUCACUGGUGCUGGCGGCUUCCCUCCUCCCGUUCCACAUGGGCACCUCUCCAAGUGUCUCGCGGGCUGGCCCGCCUGGUGGCUGGAAACAGCUGCGGGGCUGCUGCCUGUCCUGGGAGCAUUGCUGGCAGCAGCACGGCACAGCAGCUACGUGCUUCUGCCAUGGCCGAAUCUCCCCACAGUGUGUCCCUUCUGCACACCAAACGCUGCUGCGACAGCGCCAGGCUUGCCCCGAGCCGCCCGGAGAGCAGCAGGACAUUGUGCUCUCCCCGGGCAGGACCCAUUGUGUGGCUGAGUUUUAACACUUAUGGCAUGGGUGCAGCGUCCCUGCGCAGGGAGUGUCACACCUGGUGUGAGAUCAGCCGGGGCAAACCCCACAAAAUCCCCCAGUAGCAGAGAGCUGUGUAGAACAAAAUUCCUCCCUUCACACGGGGCACCGUAGAAUAAACCUGCCUGGGCCUUGCCUUGGAGUUCACAUGGCUGUUUGGAUCGAGUAGAUCAGCUGGCACCUGCAUUCCCCAUAGCAGCGAUCUUAGAGGCAGCCCUUGGACUCAGAGCAAGUGGCCAAUGUGGCCUAUGGGGGGACACAGUGCGGUGACCCUGUGCUAAAAUGAUAGUGCCUCUCGCAGAUGACGGCCAGUGCUAAGGGAUUGACUGGUUCCCUGCUGCCAGAGCGCACGUUCCUGGGAGAUGCUGUGUCCAUCCAGCCUCUUGCUGCCCUGUUCGGUUAGGGAGCAGUGAAGGCUUUGACGUGGAUUUUGUUUCCAUGUAAUUCUGCCCUCCAAGGAGUCUCCGAGCUGGUGGGUCCUAGUAAACAGGUGGCCACGGCAGAAAAAGCACCAGCCCCACUGGCAAAGGAUUGACCUGGCCCUCAACAGAACUCCUCGUGCCCUACGGCAGGCCUCCCUGGGGCAGGCUUGCUCUCCAGGGGGGUUAACUGGCCUGGCCGCUCUCCGUGCCGUGGGGAUAUCAGUCUCCAGAGCCGGCCGGCUAGCACCUGUCAGUGUGUAAACGGCGUGGCAGCUCAGAUGCUGUUUUAUCAUGGGUGGGAGCAAUGGGAGAUGCCAUUGAACCACUCCUGGCCUGCUGAGCGCUUGACAGGCAUGUCUGUGGCAGGAGCCUGGAGCCCAGCCUCCCUGGAUUGGUGACAUUGAAGCUGCUUGUGAGGCUGCAGGCAGGUCAGAAACAGCCUCUGGUUUUGAGCUGAACUGGGUUUGAACUCCGGGUUCCCGAGCAACUUCGCUUUCCAAGAUCCCCUCUGUGCCUGCACCUCACAGAUGCAUGUGCCUGAGCUAAUCCUGUGCCCUGAGUACCUUGCUGAGGCGCUGUCCCCUGACAGGAACUGACAGCGUGCUCGUCUUUGUCCCCUUCGCUGGGAGCUGGCUUGCAGCUUUGAGAAAUGCGUGCUGACAAGGGCUGGGAGUGGUCGCAGUGACUGUGCAGAGACUGGCAGGGCUGGCCUCCCGGUGACUUGAAACAAGCAGCUUCGCGGGGCACCACGAAGGCACCAGCCCUCGUAGCUGCAAAUCCGCCUGUCGUGCCAUCGUCCUCUCUUGCUACAGCUGCUGGAAGCCCCACCAGCGUCCCUGGAUACUGGGUUGGGCGAGAGAGAAUCUGGCUGCCUGGGAAAAAUCCAGCUUCAGAAAUGUGCUGGUGUGAGGCUGGUGCAGCUUCUCUCAGUGGCUGGUGUCCAGCUGCAGGGUACUGCAAAGCAGUGCAUGGCUCCUCUUGCUAAGGGCAGGGCAGUUAUCCAGCUGGCUUUGCAGCAUUUUUCCCGGGAUGUAUUGCUAAGCGCUGACAUGCUUUUCAGCAGCGUCUGCAGGCUGCUUCCCUGGAUCUCCCCCGGGCAGCAAGGCCUCCGGGCUGAAAACCACCUUUUGCAAGGCUGCUGUCCAACUCCCAGCACAAUGGGCUUGUGGGGCAGGUGCUGCUGUGCCCUGAGGGCUGGCUGGAAGGGAGGGACAUUGGGGUGUGUAGGGCAUCUGGGUGUGUCAGUGCUGUCCAGCCAUCCAUUCUCAUCGCUGCCUUUGGAAGGGAGGUGACACUUCAGCUGGGGUGGGGGGAAGGGAGGAGUCAGUGCCUUACUAUAUUGUGUAUUGGGGUAGCCGUGUUAGUCUGUAUCCACAAAAACAAGGAAUCUGGUGGCACCUUAAAGACUAACAGAUUUAUUUGGGCAUAAGCUUUCGUGGGUAAAAAACCCAUUUCUGCAGAUGCAUGGAGUCUCCAUGAAAGCUUAUGCCCAAAUAAAUGUUAGUCUUUAAGGUGCCACCGGACUCCUUGUUGUUUUUACUGUAUUGUGCUGUGUGCACACUUACAGGUGUCCUCACCUGCAUCUCAGGCGGGGUCCCCGUGAUUAGAUCUUGGUGUCAAAGACCGGUGGGUGCGUGGCUUUUGUCAGCGUUGGGCAUCCAGGGAAGCUGAAGAUCUCUUCUUCGUGCAGUGCUAGCCCUGAGAACGGUGUAUUUAACCACAAAGGGGGCAGCCGCUGUUGCCUCUGCAUGGGGCCAGUUUUAUUGCAUGCCCUGCAGUUGAGGGCUGGCAGUGGUGGUCCCCAGGUGAACUGCAGGGCCCAGCUCCUGGUUUAGGGCGGGCAAAGAACAUCAGGGUGGCGAACUGAGCUGCCCAAGGAAUAGAGAUGAUGCCUGAGGUCAGAAAGGGGGUGCUAAUUGUGGCACCUUCUUACGCGACAUAUCUGCCCCCCAUGAGUCCGAGUGGUAGGGACCAUUGGAUUGAGCAUGAGGCUGGUGGGGAGUGACCUGGGUUCUGACUUGCUUAGUGAUCUUGGGCAAGGUCCAUGUGCCCUUUCAUCCUGGGUGCUGAGCACGUCUCUGGUCUCCCUGUUGGUGAAAGGAGCGGAGGGAGAGGAAUGGUCCUCACCCCCAUUUUGGAAUGGGCUUUGAGAUCUGCUGGAAAAGCACCAAGUAUUUACCUGCCUCCCCUGAUGCCACACCCAGUCUUUGCUCCUCUUAGCUCUGUCAGCGCCCAACAGUCUGGACCCCACUCUGCCUCAUGCGUCAAUGGAAUUGUCUUAACGUUCGACGCUUGGUUAUUGAUAACUGACGUAAACAACCACUGUUUGGCUCGCUGAUCCCAGCUGGUGUCACAGCACUGGCAGCUUGGACGGUGUUGGGGGGAUCAUCCUGUUCACUUGUAAACUGAGCCCACUUGCUUUGCAAUACCUGGAAAUGAACAUGGGUCAUCACUCCCCAAUCACAUUUUUCUUCUAAGAGCUGUAAGAAAGAAGAGCAAGAACACCGCUGGGUAUUUCUCUGGUUUGUCCUGGUAUGAUGUACAUGGAGCCCACAGUUCCUAGACAGAGAGAAAUGUUCCAUUUCCUCCUGUGUUCUCCAUCCAUCUGUUCAUCCCUUUCUAUCCUUCCUUUCCUGUCUUCUGCUGACCCCAGUAAAUAGAGAGAGAACACCACUUAAACCAUGUGAACCAGCACCGCGGCCGCUGGGUCCAUGCGUCCUACGACGCCUCCCACUGGCCGCCCUCAGCUCUGGUGACCGUUCCAUUUCCCCCCUUGCUGGUCAUCCCCCCGUUCCAUUUCCCCACUUGCAGGGCUGGGGGUGGAGGCUAGUUAAAGGCAGUAUGAUGGUGUGGUGGGGAAUUGGAGGGUUCGUGGCAUUCCUAGCCCACCUGAUGGAUGGUGCUGACAGCCAGUUUGGGUUAGGCUUUGCACUCUUUUUUUUUUUUUUUUUUCCUUUGAUGCCAAAUCAGUGGAUUUAGAAACUGCCUUUAAAUGAUAGCUAUUAAUUGGAGGUGCCCUUAGCUUUCCCCUGGAGUUCUGCUGCACAGAACUUCCACAUGAAUGAGGAAGGUUCCAUGCCCCGGAGAGCAACCUGUUGCUUCCUGAAUCACGACAGGGUCUCUGGGUUGUAAGCAGUGGUCUCUAUUGAUGCAAUCACUGUAUGUACUCACACACGAUACGGUGCCACUGAUCUGAUGGCUUCUCUGCAUGUGUUCCGGUGAGUUAAGUGUGACUGUCCAGGCUCUAUGUCUAACUUUUAGGUCUUAUGAUCAUUACUUUUGUAAUUGCCCAAAUAAUUUAACUGGAAAUUGAACUUCCAAGGAAAGGGGAAGGGGAGGCGGAACUUUUAGCAAGUUAUAACCAUUGGUUUUUGUUUUAAUAAAACAAUGUGAAAUUUGA